AUGGAUGGCUUCAUAUCGAGGAAACGUCCACGGCUCUUGAAUCCGAAUGAGGAGCCUAAGCACGAGUCACCGGAUCCCCGCGAAGACACCACUGAUACCAAGCUAGCAAUACUGCUAUCUCUCUUCCCGGCCAUCAAACAGGACGAGCUAUUGGAUAUACUUGUAUCCUGUGAAGGGUCUGUGGAGAAUGUUGCCGACCUCCUCUCCGUAAAAGACUUCACAGCAGGCACAACCGUGAGCAAAAAACGAGCUGUUGCCUCAUCAUUCGGCGUACAGACAUCUCUCUCAUCACACGUUUUUACAACAGCUGAAGAUGGGAGCAUGAAACCCAUGCAUGAAAAUGCGCGAAAGAGAAUCCUUCCGCCUCCAAAGAAGGGCAAAACUCUACAUCUUUACUCGCCUGAGGACAUUACCACCUACACACCUUGUACUAUCAUUCACAACUUCUUACCGGCUAAAGAAGCAGAUACACUUCUGCUUGAAUUACUUGAUGAAUCUAAACACUUUUCUCGGUAUGACUUUCAACUCUUCAACCGGACUGUCCAGAGUCCCCACACACAUGCCGUGUAUGUCUCUACACCCGAAGAACACCGGCAACAGACCUCGGAAUAUACCUACGGUGGCACAUAUCGGUCAAAUGUGCGCCAGGCAACACCACAGCUACGAGCAGUGUCAUCCCAAGUACAGAGAAUUAUCAACAACGAGAUCAACAAACGAAUCCGAGACGUUUAUCCUGACGGAAAGAAGUUACAGUACCAGUCCCCAAAAGAGUGGCGGCCUAACGCAGCAUUUGUCAACUGCUAUGACGGGCCGAGUGAAAGCGUGGGAUAUCACUCCGACGAACUCACCUAUCUCGGUCCUCACCCGGUGAUAGGAAGCCUGAGCUUGGGCGUGGCACGCGAAUUCCGAGUCCGUCAGAUAGUACCUCAGGAAGACGACGAGACUGCUGAAGAUGAUCACAAAGCCGAUAAAACUGGUCCAGUUACAAAUUUUGCCCGGAACCAGACUACAUCGGCUGCACGCGUUGACGCCCAAGGCCAAAUCUCAAUCCAUCUUCCACACAAUUCUCUCCUUAUUAUGCAUGCAGAGAUGCAAGAGGAGUGGAAACACUCUAUCGCUCCAGCUCGAACCAUUUCCCCACAUCCGAUCUCCGGGAACAGACGUAUCAAUAUCACAUAUCGUUGGUAUCGUGAUACUUUACAUCCACGCUACACGCCACGUUGCAAGUGUGGCGAACACACAAUUCUCCGGUGUGCACAACGCAAGCAUGAGACGCGAGGGAGAUACAUGUGGAUGUGCUAUGCUGGAUUUGCACCAGGAAAGGAAGGGUGUUCUUUCUUCCAGUGGGCCGAGUUUGACGAUGAUGGGGAUCCGAUGUGGGGAAAGAAAGUUAUCCGGGACGAGGCCCCUACUUUGACGAAUUUCUCGGCAUCUCAGUAA